GUUCAGCAGCUGCCGUUCCCUCUCUGUCUCUUUCUCUCUCUCUUUUUUUUUCUCUCUUUCCAUCAAGCUUGGUUUCAUUUUUCCUCUUUUCCACUCAGCUCUGAAAGGCUGCACUCACAGCAGGAGAGACGCAUGAGAGAGAUACGGACAAUGGUUCAGCUGUUCCCAUCGCAAGGCUCAGAUGCCACGGUUCUCCCAGGAUCGAUCGAUGAAGGGAAGGCCGGGCCAGAAGGCAGCCCGAGUGCAGAUUCUCCACGCGCUUUAACAGCCCUGCAGCUCGCCCUCAACCCCUCUGGCACUGUCUACUAUGGGUACGAGACCUACAUCGAGGACGGGCUCAUCUGCCUUAGGCACAAGAUCCGCAACAUUGAGAAAAAGAAGCUCAAGCUGGAAGGCUACCAAAUGCGGCUAAAGAACGGGGAAAGGCUCAAUCAAGAUCAAAUGGAUGCAGUAGGGAGGUAUGAAGAAGUGGCCCACAACCUUCAGUUUGCCAAAGAGUUGCAAAAGACAAUCUGUGCACUCACUCAGGAUCUGUUGAAGUCUCAGAAGAAGGCCAUGCGGAAAGAGCAGGUUCAAAGGGCUGAAACUGAACAGAGGCGAUUGGCUAUGAUGCUGCAGGUGCAGUAUGUCCUCUGUAGUCUCCAGAGGCGUGAGAUCAGGAAAAGCUUCGACACGUGUGAACAUGCUCGCUACCUGUCUGCAAAGGAUGUGGAGAAGCUGCUGAACCUGGCUUCGUUAUUAGCUUGCAAAAGGGAUGAGAGCAUGAGUUUGGAGGAUCAGAUGGAAAAGGCCUCUUUUGUUUACCUGGACUUGCUGGAUGGCACAGAUGAACCAGUUGCUGGCUCGACAUAUAAAUCCCUCAGGGAGAAACUGCUCCGACUGGUCGACUCUGGUUUAUUUGAUCACCUCCCAGAGCCUAAAGAAGAUCCAAAGAAGAACGACGAUGAACAAAAACCUGAUGUUUCAUCUACAUCAAGCACCCUCCCUGAGGUGGGCAGUUUGAACUCUGUCGAUCUGGCUUCAAGGCAGUUUUUAAACAGACGCUACAUAACUGAGAGCGACCUCACUGGCCCUAGGCAGGGCGACGACAUGAACGUGCAGUCACCGAACUGGAAGGUGGAGUUCUUGGCCCAUAAAGAACAGGAACCACCAGACUCUUGGGAUAUGGAGGUUUCUGAUUCACCAGCAUCCUCCAAAGUAGGGUUGCAAAAGCCUUGGAAAGGAGCAGCAGGAUUCAUUCCAAAAGCCAUGGUCAAUAUGAAGCCUGGUGUUGAAACCAAACAGAAACGGCAGAAGAAAAUUAAAGGAAGCCAGACCACCAAAUCUAAUGGGGAUGUUAGAAAACCUGUAUCCAUGGAGGUGUUUAACUCGCCGUCCUCUCUGGCUAAAGAUCCAGCCUUGCGCAGACAGCAGCUGGAUCACCUGAUGGAUCAGAUCACCGGCUCCUUCAGCUUUAUUCAGGACUCUUUGCUGGAUGGAGAAGCCGUGCUGGGUAAUGGCCGAACAAGAGGGCUGUGUCUGUCUCCGGUCACCUCUCCUCUGGCUCCUAGAGAACAGAAUAUACCAGCUGAUAUCCUGCCUCCAUCUCACAAUUCAACUCCUCUUCAUGGCCACCAAUGUUCUGAAGACCCCCAAAGCACUCUGACCAAUGGGGAUCAGAUCACAAACCCUUCUGACCUAAAGCUCAACACUCAAGAUGAACCACAGGUGGAACAAGAAAAAGGUUUCACAUCUCCACCUCUCUACUGCAGAGAGUCGUGCAUCUCUGCACCUUGUGAGAACAAGAACUCUAAGCAGGUAGGAAAGCAGCCCCUUUCUAAUGGAGACGUACCCUCGACUGUUCUGCCACAGUCCUUUAGCACUCCACCCAGCAGACGAUCUCUACCUGCAACCAGCACUGCAUCCUUCAGCAGCCUGCACUCUGUCUUCAGCGGGGAUGUUCCAAUCACCAGGGGCUCUGAGCUGAAAACUGAUGAAAGCGGGUUUUUAGGGGGCAUUUGUCUGAGCUACAGUACAGCAAGCACUCUGAGUCGCUCCACCGCUAGCACCCAGACUCCACCGGAGCUCAGCCUGCCACAAGAUGACCUGCAGAUGGAGAGUGCAUAUCUCUCAGAAAGCGACAUCAGCGCUACCAGCCAGGCUUAUUCAUCUCCUGGGCCAAAUUCUGGCCCUCAGUCUCAAUCUAGUCUGGUCCAGCAUUAUUACCCUCGCAAUACACUCAGAGGUAUGGCACACGGUGCAAGAGGACACUCUCAUUCCUCACUCCGUUCACCUGGGGCUUCCAGAGGAGGCUUUGAUGUACACAGAGCAAAUGUACGUGCUCCAGGAGGAGGCUUUAGUUCCCAGACCCACCGUGAGACUGGAUCUGUUCUGUAUACCUCACAGGAAAAUGGGUAUCAGACGAGUCAUAAACGCACCGGAGGGACGGCAGCUCGGAGGAACAGCUCCGUUGCAGGUUGGAGCGACUCCUCUCAAGUGAGCAGCCCAGACCGCGAGGGUGCAUAUAUAAUAGACUCGGCUCACGGUGACUCUCUGACCAUUACAACCUCUGCGAUGCCCUUAACUGGACCUCCUCCUCACACCUUGAUGCCUGUUUACCCGCAAAUUCGCGUGGCCUUUUCAGCUGCUCGUGCCACAAACUUGGCUCCAGGGACUCUGGACCAACCUAUUGCUUUCGACCUGCUCCACAGCAACCUUGGCAAUGCGUUUGAUGCACCGUCUGGCCACUUUUCUUGCCCUGCAGCAGGCACAUACGUCUUCUUUUUCCACAUCCUUAAGCUGGCCAUCAGUGUGCCGCUUUAUGUCAACCUGAUGCGCAAUGAUGAAGUAGUGGCUUCAGCGUAUGCCAACGAUGGUGCACCUGACCAUGAGACGGCCAGCAACCAUGCCGUCCUCCCUCUGCGUGUUGGCGAUCACAUCUGGCUGCGCCUCCACCGUGGCGCCAUCUAUGGCAGUAGCUGGAAGUACAGCACCUUCUCAGGCUUCUUGCUUUACCCAGAUUGAUUUAUUCUGUAAAUCCUCUCUUGAACAGGCACUUACACUGGGAUGCUAAUUUGGAUCUGUUAGCUUGCCUCUGCUAAAUCACACUCCUUGCACAUUUUUCACCACAGUAGCAUGUGUAGAUGUGGCAACAUUUCGUGUCUGCUCAUUCCAAUGUUAGUGUUGAUCUUUCGGCUUGCGGACACCUUUACUUUAGAUGCUGGAGCCAUACACCUGAAGCCAUGUCUGCUAAUUGUGCCUUUUCUUUCUGGUUACCGAGCACUUGAAUGGCUUGUAUGAAUGUAGAAUAGUUGAUCUGAAUACUUGACACGUUGAGCACUUUAAAAAGUGGCACUGUGACUGUGUGGUUGUGGAUGUACAGUAACGCUGAUUGCCAAUUAGGCAAACAAACCAAAUGGUUCCUCUUGUGCCUGAAUAAAAGAUGUGCAAACUUA